AUGAGGGUUAGGGAAACCCUUCGUAGGUAUACCAGUCGGUAUUGGGAGCUUUAUAAUAAGAUCGGUGGGAGCAACAAGAAGAUUGCGGCGAGCACCUUUAGGAUGGGGUUGCUUAAGGAUUCUGAACUAUGGGAGUCAUUGACGAGGAGGCCUCCUGAGGAUAUGAGGCAGCUCAUAAGGCGUAUUGAGGAGUACAAACACCUGGAGGAUGAUCGGUUGCAAAGUAAGGGUAAGGCCCCGUUAGUGAAUCGUCCUUGGUCGAGCAGGUUUCAGCCAAGGCCUCGAAAGGAUUUAAGAAUACAAGAGCCAAAGCUGCGACUGGGAGAGGUGAACGUGACGUUUAAGGAGUCGGUGCACAGAAUCGUAGACUGGAUCAAGAACGAGCCAUCCUUCAGAUGGUCGAACAAGAUGGGGGGUGACCCAUCCCGUAGGAAUCAGAAUUUGUACUGUACCUAUCACAGGGAUAAGAGGCAUACCACCGAGCAGUGCCAGGAGUUUGUGGCAGAUUCAAGGAAUAGGAAUGUUAGGCAAAGUGCUCAGCAAAGGGGGAACCCUUUCCUACCCCCAUUAGAAGUGAUCGAAGUUAUCCACGCUGCCCCAAGGCGUACUACAGUGAUCGGGAGGAGAGGAGUGCUGACUGAAACACCCGUGGAAAAUGGUUCGGGCGAGCAACCCCCCGAGAAGAAGCUAAAGGUUGCUCAGGAGCCCAUCACUUUUAACGACGAUGAUUUAGAAGGAACAAUUCAGCCGCACAAUGAUGCGUUGGUGGUGACAGCCCACAUAAAGGGUUUCAUAGUAAAGAGGGUAAUGGUAGACCAGGGAAGUAGGGCCGAUGUGAUGUAUCUGGAUCUGUUCAGAGGGCUUGAACUGAAGAAGGAGGACCUCUCAAAAUACGAUACGCCCCUGGUUAGGUUUGAUGGCUAG